UGCUUCUGGAACUGCCUUUCAUCCUUCCCUUUGCCACCAGGGUACUGGCUGGUUUCUGGAGCAGCGUCUUCACUCCUGUCCUGCUCUUGACACUGGCUUUCCUUCCUCUGGCUGUGGCUGCAUCUGGGUCCAACGGUUGAUGGCCAUACCUUGCCUUCAAUGCCACUCCUCUCUGUUCUUGGAAUUGGGACCUGACUGUGCCUGAGCCCUUUGCAUCGCACUCAGCAGCUUGGGCUGAUGGCCCCUCAUCUCAGGAAGUCUUAACAGGAAGGCAGAUGGGUCUCACCUAAGGGAAGAUCCAGCCUGCAGAAAGAAGCACUAGGAGCUGGCUGGACAGGUUGUUGAGCACCUGAGCUGGCUGGAUACCCAGUUUUUCUCCUAAGCCAUCUCCCCACCAGGAGCAACUUCCAUGGAGAAACGCCCCUGUCAGUAGGCCACACUCAUGGCAUGUGGCCAAGCUGCUGGAAGGAUGCCCUGAAGUGGCUACCACCAUGCAUUUCCCUUCUGAAGCCUUCAGCUUGUCCUGGCAUUCCGGCUGCAACACAAGUGACGUGUGUGUGCAGUGGUGUCCACUCUCCCGGCACUGCAGCACUGAGAAAAGCAGCUCCAUUGGCAGCAUGGAGAGCCUGGAGCAACCAGGCCAAGCUUCCUAUGAGGGCCACCUCUUGCCCAUGGAUCAGAACAUGUACCCCAACCAGCGUGACUCAGCCUAUAGCUCCUUCUCAGCCAGCUCAAAUGCCUCUGACUGUGCCCUUUCCCUCAAGCCAGAAGAGCCAGGCUCUGCAGACUGCAUCAUGCUAGGCCCGGGGCCAACAAAAGCUGCCAGUGGCCGGCCCAAUGUGACUGAGACCUCUGGAGGUAGCCGGCGCACCACCAAUGGGGGCCACCUGACUCCCAGCUCCCAGAUGUCAUCCCGUCCACAGGAGGCCAACCACUCUAGGCCUGCCAAGGCUAUCAGAGGCCCACCACAGCCUCCAGUGAGGCGAGACAGCCUUCAGGCCUCCAGAGCCCAGCUCCUUAAUGGAGAGCAGCAUUGGACCUCUGAGCAUGUGGACUCCUUGCAGCAGAAGGAGAUAGUGAGCUUAGACACCGUGCUAUCCCCAAGGAACCCUAACAGGUUCUGCUGCCUCAGCGGGCAAGACCAAGUGACAAAUGAGGGUCAUCAGAACUGUGAGCUCAGCCAAGGUCCUGAAUCCGGCCAGCAGGACUCUGAGCAUCUACUGAUGGAGGCCUCAGCCAAAGCCAUUGGAUUCCCAAAAGUGUAUGACAAAGCUUCCAGCAUAGAUUCCAGCCCACUCAAGAAGGCUUCAGCAGAACCAACAAAGGCUGCUUCUCUUGGCAGCCCUCCACACCUCACAGGACCCACGGGGCAUCGUCAUAGUGCCCCUGAACAGCUUCUGGAAUCCCAUUUACAGCAUGUACACCUUGAUAUGAGGGGCAGCAAGGGAAUGGAGCUCCCAACCGGGGAGGAUGGGCAUGAGUGGACUCUGUCACCUUUGCAUAGCAGCCACACAGGGAAGAAAAGUCCAUGUUCCUCCACAGGAAGAACCCAGGACCAGCCUAGCAAAGAGAGAAAGACCAGGCAAGUGGAUGACAGGUCUUUGGGUUCAGGACACCAGAGCCCAAGCAGUUCCCCACAUGGAGAGGCUGAUGGACACCCUCCAGAGAUAAGUUUCCGGGACCCAAACAGAGCCUGUAGAGCAAGCAAUGAAUUAGCCAGCCAGCAGCCCUCUGCCUCUGGCUCCCUUGUUCAACAAACCAGGGAUUGUUAUUCAACCACUAAAGUAGCUGGCAGCAUGGAGGCUACUGAAGAAGGGGACAGUGAACCCAAGGAAUGUGGCCAGGUAGGUGAGAAACGAAAUAGAGGGCCCCGGGGCCGCUCAAUCCAAAACCGGCGUAAGAGUGAGCGUUUUGCUACCAAUCUGCGUAAUGAGAUUCAGAGGAGGAAGGCCCAGCUCCAGAAGAGCAAGAAUCCCUUGUCACAGCUGUGUGACACUAAGGAGCCAGUGGAAGAGACUGAGGAGCCCCUAGAAAGUACUCCACAUUCUGCCUCGAACUCAUGUCUUCUAUCUUCAUAUAAAAAAACACCUAGCCCCAGGGACAAGCUCUUCAACAAGAGCAUGAUACUCAAGGCUAGGUCUUCAGAGUGCCUCACCCAAGCCACUGAGAGCCAUGAAUCUAGGACAGGCUUAGAGGGACAAAUAAGCCCUGGCCAGAGGCCUGGCCAGCCCUCUUUUGGCCUGAACACCUGGUGGAAAGCAUCUGACCUGUCCUCCUCAGACUCUGAGAAAACAAAUGUUCACCGUGGAGUCUGUGGAGGUCACUGGAGAUGGUCUCCAGAGAACAACCUACAGCCACAUGUGGCACUAUCCAUGGAAGGCCCUUCUAACCCAAGUGACAGCAAGGAAUUGAAGGUUUCUACUGCCCAAGCUGGGGAGGAAGCCAUCCUCCUUCCCUUUGCAGACAGAAGAAAGUUCUUUGAAGAGAGUAGCAAAUCCUUAUCUACAUCACAUUUGCCAGGUUUAACCACUCAUAGCAAUAAGACUUUUACCCAGAGACCAAAACCUAUAGACCAAAACUUCCAGCCAAUGAGCUCCAGCUAUAGGGAAUUGAGGCGCCAUCCAAUGGACCAAUCAUAUCAUUCUACAGACCAACCAUAUCAUGCCACAGACAAAUCAUAUCAUUCAGUGUCACCCCUUCAGUCAGAAACUCCCACAUACUCAGAAUGUUUUGCAAGCAAAGGUCUAGAACCAUCCAUGUGCUGUAAGUCACUGCACUGUGGGGAUUUUGACUACCACAGGACCUGCUCCUACUCCUGCAGUGUCCAGGGAGCCAUAGUCCAUGACCCAUGCAUGUAUUGUUCUGGGGAAAUCUGCCCUGCUUUGCGAAAGAGAAAUAUGAUGCCAAACUGCUACAACUGUCGGUGCCACCACCACCAAUGCAUCCGGUGUUCAGCUUGCUAUCAUAAUCCCCAGCACAGUAGCCCUGAGGAUGGCAGUUUGGCACCUAGCAACACUUGGAAACCCAGGAAGCUGACAGUGCAGGAAUUUUCUGGGGAUAAAUGGAAACCAAUAACAGGAAACAGGAAGACCAGCCAGUCAGGGAGGUAAGUGAUCACUCAGGGAGUGGGUU